AUGAAAGGGUUAGGAGCCAAACGCAACCGCCAUCUGUCUGACUCCUGCGACCCCACCCAGGGCCCCCCGGAACCCCUGUACUCACACCAGGCGUCCACCCUGCCUCGUAGCCCCUACCUCCUCAGCCCCACCAGCAUGGACCACUACGGCACCAUGGAUCCCCGCCACUACAACCCCAAUAUGGAAGCCCACCACAACCAGGGAUCCCUGCCCCCGGACUACUCCCUCCCCCUCAACAACCAGCUGUCCAACAGCAGCACCUUCCCCCAUGUCCACUACAACUCCCAUUAUGACCCCAGCGACUUCUCCCCGCCACCAACUAUCUCCGGCGGGGCCAAGAUGAACCGGCAGUUGCAGCCCAACCUGCUGGACCAGUUGGAGAAGCAGCUGCCCGGGGGGCCUCGUGACGGCUUCAGCACGCUGCAGUUCCACCGGAGCACAUCGGCCGCCCUCUCCGUCGCCUCCAAGCAGCGCACCGACAGCCCCGGGCGCAUCCGUAACCUAGUGUGCUCCGUCCAGAAGCUCUUCGCCAAGUCACAGUCCAUAGACGGUCACAACCUCAAGGGCGUCAAUGGGCGUUCGGGGACGGGUAGCGGCAGCGGCGGGACCUCGUCCGGAACUGAGGACAGCAGGAAGCGGGACCGGCGUGCAAAGAGCAAAGACCGGGGCGGAGCCAAGUCAGACGGGGGCGGGACGGGCAAGCGGCGGCCGCGUUCCAACAUGUCGGGCUACUGGAGCUCAGACGACCUGGACAACGCCGACCUCAGCAACUACCGCAACCCUAUAGCCAUGACGCUGGGACGCCCCACCACCCAUCAGGGACAACAACAGAGCCGCUACGUGAUUCACAGUGGCUACAACACCAUUAGUUCGUCUAAGAGCAGCAACGAAGUCAUGAAGUACCAGCAGAUGCUGGCAGGACCCGGAGGUGGGGGAGGAGGGAUCAGCAUGGGAGUGAACAGUAAUGACUUUAUGAAGGGAGGUUCGUGGUCGACCCUGACCCUGGGUCAGCCCAGACAGGUGCUGCAGAAGGGCCACUCGGCUACCCUAGACCGGUCCAUGCUCAAGUCCAAGUCGUGCCAGCAGGAGCUUGCCUGCCACUACCUGCAAGUGGGCCGACAGGGGGACUGGAGUAGCACGCUGGGCCGCAGCGGCGGAGGAGGAGGAGCCAAUGAGAUCCCAUGUCGGCGCAUGCGGAGCGGCAGCUACGUGAAGGCCAUGGGCGACCUAGAGGACAGCGACGACUCGGACGGCAGCCCCAAGCCCUCGCCCAAAAUGGCCGCCCGCCGUCAGAGUUACCUCAGGGCCACCCAGCAGUCUCUGAGCGACCAGCUACCGCCACGCAACUGUCUUCCUUCACUUCGAGAGCUGUCUACCAAUCGUAGCCUGGACAACCUGGACUGUCUGGGGGAUCCGGUGAGGGGCUCCCUGUUCCCCCGCUGGGACGAUGAGGAUUUCAGCCAGGGAGGCGGCUGCAGCACCCUGGGGAGGAGCAGCUACAUGGGCCAGCUGCAGGACCUGGAGAUGAUUAGCCAACGCUACGACGAUAGCUGCUCUGAGUCGGCGUUCCGAGAAUCCCACACACUUUCACGCUCCCAUUCCCAGGCGUUGGAGCCUCCGGAUCUACCAAUGCCCACGUGCUUCCGAUCCCGUAGCCAUAGCUACCUGCGGGCCAUCCAGGCCGGAUGCUCACAGGAUGACGACACUGCUUCCGUGGACUCGGAUUCACCGCCGCCGACCGCCACUACCGUUCGCACCUAUAGCACCAGCACUGUCUCCACAUGCAUCACUACCUGUAAGAAGCCGGCGCCACCGCCCGUGCCGCCCCGCACCACUUCGAAGCCCUACAUCUCUGUGACGGUGCAGAGCAGCACUGAGUCAGCCCAGGACACCUACCUGGACCACCAGUCUGAGCGUGAUCGCCGCAGCAAGACCAUUACCAGUCAGUCCAGCCAAGCCCACAGCAACUCCUCCGACAGCCUCGACAGCACACGCGCCAACAGCUUGGCUCGGGGUAUUCCUUGGCCCAUCCCCGUCCCCGUCGCCACCCCCCGGGAACCCCUCACCACCACUACGACGGGCACCAACAGGGGGAACCUGAUGGCAGAGGAGCCCCUCGCGGACAUCGUGCCCCGGAGGAAGCUUUCCUCCAUAGGCAUACAGGUUGACUGCAUUCAGGAGGAAGUCCAACGAGUGGAGACACCGACACAACCAUUGGCCAGAUUCCAGUCAAUCGGAAUACAGGCGGACGACGGCUGGCAGUAAGUAACAGCACUUCCUACACAUAACAUGGCCUCCAAGCAGGAGACAGACUCAGACACACAGGACCUCCCUGUCAUCUCCCACGCCAAGCCCGUCCCCGAGAAGAAGAGCAUGGUCAGCAACGCCUGCCAAUCCAUGGACUCUCCCCCUACGUCUCCACCUCCACUACGGCAGUUCCUCAACCGCUCCACCACACGGUCCUCCUCCGACUCCUUCGCCGAGAGCCUGGAUCCGGCCCUGGACCCCUCGUUCCUACCCCCUCCGGACCCCUGGCUGGAGAGUGGGAAUGAGAAUGCGGGUAGUGGGAACCCUAACGCGGUGCCCCCUCCAGGCCCUGCAUGCCGGCGGGACGGCCACUGGUUCCUCAAGUUGCUGCAGGCAGAGACGGGCCGCAUGGAGGGCUGGUGCCAGCAGAUGGAGCAGGAGACCAAAGACAACCAGCUCUCAGAGGAGGUGUUGGGGAAAGUUCGCAGUGCAGUGGGCAGUGCUCAGCUCCUCAUGACCAAGAAAUUUGAGCAGUUCAGAGGACUGUGUGAACAAAACUUGAAUGUGAACGCCAACCUGCGGCCCACAGCCCAGGACCUGGCAGGCUUCUGGGACCUGCUACAGCUCUCCAUCGAGGACAUCAGCCUCAAGUUUGAUGAGCUCUACCACCUCAAGUCCAGCGACUGGCAGCCCCCUGCCGUGGCCCACUCGCCACCCGAGCGGAAGGACCAGAAAGAGCCCCCUCCUCCAGUGCCAAAGAAGCCCGUUAAGGGGAGGCCGGUGCUGGGACGUGAGAAGAGCGUCGACUCCGCCUCUUCCACCUCUUCAGCGGAGAAGCACCGGACGGAGGCCCGCAGGCGACUGCUGGCCGCUAAGAGGGCCGCCUCGGUUCGGCAGAACUCAGCCACGGAGAGUGCCGACAGUAUCGAGAUCUACGUCCCCGAGGCCCAAACACGUCUCUGAGAGAGAGCGAGAGAGAGGGAGAGGGAGAUAGGAGGAACUGCCUCUGAGAUGGAGGGUUGGGGUCUUCUCGCCAUACACACACAGGGUAGGCUGGUCCUGGUGGCAGCAAAUCUAGAUUUAGUGAGAAAGAGAGGAAACAAGAAAAAAAAAAUAUUGGGCUAUAGACUAUGGGGAACUCGUCUCCUCUCACAAGGCUGCCAUGGAAAAACCUCAACCACAAACUUUGUUACUAUUGUUAGUACUCUUGAUUAUUACGAAAAUUAUAAAAAUGGUUAUUGAUGAUGAUAUUAUUAUCUCCUAAAGAAACUAUAUCAAGACUGUUUUAGAUGUACCUGUAUCUUGGCUAUAACAGAUCUAAGAAGCGGACAGAGUAAACAUUUGUGCUUUCUGCCGCCCCUCCCUGACUCCCUCCCCCCAUGCCUUGGCCAACCCGUAGUUUGCACAACGCCACCAUGUGGUUUAAUGUACACACUUACUCAGAGGAGCACACACACACACAUGCUUCAGAUCCUCAGCUAUCUAUGUCUUCCUGGUGCUUUUUUGUUUGUUUUUAUUUGUUUUGUAAGAGCCCCUUGCCUGCAUUCAAAGCAGUUCUAGAUUCUUAAGAGGUUUUGGAGAGCAGGGAACCAAGAACUAAGGGUGGAAAUGACAAGUAUCACCACUUGUAUAAGUGAGAUCUAUUGAAAGCACAAUUGAUGUUUACUUAGUUCAUUUUUUGUUUAAAAAAAAAAGGCAUAUGAUUUUUUAUUUUAAAUAUAAAAUUUUAGGUACUUUUUAACUGACUCAAAACACACUCAUAAGUCAAUAUUUUCUGGAAUGUAAUUUGAAUAUCCUACUAUUUCAUUGAGAUUAUAUUGUUUUCUGCCAUUUUGGUUUUUGGAUGUAUUCAUCAGCCAAUGUCCACAGUCCCAUGACAAUGGCCACGCUUUGUACUUUCAUUUCUUUGUAUUGCUCUGUGAAUUUAUUUCUAGGUCAUAUUCAUUAGGCAGUUAAUCAGUUUCACCUUUUGCUACAGUGUGCCCUAAUGAAUAAUAUAAUGGUGUGGGUAUAUCAGAGCAAUUGAACAUAAUUCAGGUUAGAGUGAAGGACCAGGAACACCAUUGAGGACAAUCCCACUGUGCAAAAUGUGUUUAAGUCUGAAUUGUUUCCUCGUUGUUUCAAGAUACUUUACCAGCGUAAUGAUGUUGCAUCAUUGUGGCUAUUUCAUUGAACAUUUAAAAAGCCAGUAGGUUUUUAAAGUAGGUACUUCCAGCAACUCAAGCUGGGUUGCUGCAGCAGCAAUAUCACAGGAAUUGAAAGGUUAGAGGGGUUUCUUUCUCCCAACUUCUGCCCCAGCGUCUCUCUGCAAUUAACCUUUUGUUGUUUUGUCGUUCACUGUAUUUCAAUGAGUAAAUUAGUUGGCACAGAUGUAGGUGCGUUUCCCACAUGGGACCAUCACUCAAUAUACAUGGAAAAACAUGUGGUCCAUUCCACUGUGAAAUUCCACUCACUCCAACCAUGAUUUGAAUUGCCCUCCUAUAGAGAAUUUAAAUGGAAUUAAGCCCAAUUUGGACUUGUAGUUAAGCAUUAAUUAACUUUGACUAAUGGCUGCACACUGCACUCGGCAAUGGGAAUUUGUUAUUGAUACAUUACACUGAAUAUUCAGUACUACUAUAGGUAUUUGCUACUGUAUGGGGCGGCAGGUAGCCGAGCGGUUAAGAGCAUUUGGCCAGUAACCGAAUGGUCGCUGGUUUGAAUCCCCAAGCCGACUAGUUGAAAAAAUCUGUCUGUGCCCUUUAGCAAGGCACUUAAGCCUAAUUACUCCUGUAAGUCGAUAAGUGUCUGCUAAAUUACUAAAAUCAUGUAAGUGUAAUAUAUUUUUCCAUAUCAUGGAUCUUGACCAGACACCCUCUUGAAAAGAGAUGGCUAGAGAAAGGAAAGGAUAGGAGACAAGGGAAGGUACUAGGAGAGGAAACCCUGUCUGACUAUUGAGAUGCUUCAGUGACACUGUGCGAAACCAGGAAGUUGUUAUUUUAUCCUCCUACUGGUCAUAUUUUGCACUACAUCUCAAUUGUCCAUGACACUUUUGGAGGGAACAAAUUCAUCCUGGAAUGAAGAAGAAGCACAUUGUUUUUUUUAUUUGUUCAACCAAGCGCCCUGUCAUAUUGCUGUCUACCAUUGUUGUUUUUGUUAAAUAUCAUCCCCAAAUGCCUACACUUUUUUUA